UUGGUCAAGUUUCCAUGACCCUCUAUUAUUUAUACACAUAUACCUCUUCCUUUUCCCUCGUUCAAGGAGCCAUUUUUUCCUUUUCGUCGCACCUUCAACUUCAACUCACUUGCACCUUCAACUUCAACUCACUUACCAUGCAAACAGCCACAAGGAAAGAAAUGGAAACCUUGGAACUCUUUCACAUGAACAAAGGCGCAGGCGAAACUAGCUAUGCCAUGAACUCUUCCGUUCAGAACACAAUUAUCUCUUGUGCAGAGGCAUGGAGGAAAAAAGCCAUUGUUCAAAUUCUGUGCACGAGUUGGCCUGAGAAGAUGGGCAUUGCUGAUAUGGGUUGUUCCUCCGGCCCUAAUGCCUUGAGGGUGAUUUCUGAGAUCGUGGAUGGCGUCUACGCCACCACGCGUCUGUUGGAGCGGCCGCCGCCGGAGUUGGUGGUGUAUUUGAACGACCUCUUCGCCAAUGACUUCAACAACAUCUUUGCUUCAUUGCCAUCUUUCUACAGAAAACAAAGGCAAGAAAAGGGAAGUGGGUUUGGAUCCUGUUUUGUUACAGCUGUCCCUGGCACCUUCUAUGGAAGGCUUUUCCCUGCCAAGACCCUCCACUUUGUGCACUCUUCUUCCAGCCUCCAUUGGCUUUCUCAGGCUCCUGUUGGAUUAGAAGACGGAAGUGGAAGAGCAUUGAACAAGGGAAAGAUCUACAUAUCAAAGAGCAGUCCUCAGUGCGUGCUGGAUGCUUAUUCUCAGCAAUUCAAGAACGAUUUUUCAUCGUUUAUUGCUUGUCGUUCGCAUGAAAUGGUAACUGGGGGACGCAUGGUCUUGUCUUUCAUGGGAAGAACAACCAUCGACCCAACUUCCGACCACAGUUGCUAUCAGUGGGAACUCUUAGCACGCUCCCUUAUGAGCAUGGUUUCUCAGGGUCUGUUAGAAGAGAAAAAGGUGGAUUGUUUUGAUGCCCCGUACUACGCGCCAUGCAUGGAAGAAGUGAAAAAGGUGAUUGAAAAGGAAGGGUCAUUCAUGGUAGAAGAACACGAUGCUUAUGAAAUAGAGUGGGAUGGAGGAAUGGAAUUGCAGAGUGAUUCGAGAGGAGAGAAAGUUUCAAGAACUGCAAGGGCUGUACUUGAGUCCAUGUUUGAAUCUCAUUUCGGACCUCACAUUAUGGAUGAGCUUUUUCGAAGGUUUGCACAACAUGUGGAAGAACAUUUGUCCAACAAUGACACCAAGUCCAUCAAUCUGGUCGUUUCCCUUGUCAAGCUAUAACAAGGUUGAAAAACUUGGAACACAUCAAAUAUUGUAACUGGUGGAUCUCAUUUAAAAAAAAAAACAAGU